AUGGCUUCAAGUCAUUCAGCGGUGAACCCGGAAGUUACUGGACCAAGUCUCUCAGACUUUCCCGAGAGUAUUCGAAACAAGAUUGUUCUGGUUAAUAUUCCUGCGGUUGAAGUGCAAGCCCUCAUCGAAAAGGAAUGUCCUCCAAUGCUAGAGAAAAUUGCACCAUAUGGUGUCAAUUGGAUGAGACAUGUCAUGUACAACACCAUCCCCAAGGAGAUCCGAGUCUACGCGUAUCUCCAUUAUGACAUGGCCCAGCCAGACUGGUACGAAAAGUAUGGCCCUGCGUCUCUUCUUUUUCGAUACAACACCCACAGAAUUGAGCUGGAGCAGGAAGUAUCUGAGGAGCAGGCCCGCAGCAUGUUGAGGUUUUACGCUCUCGUACAAUAUUAUGCCAAAGAAUUGACCGAAAACACAAUUCGGCGACAACAAGGAAAAACCCCUGAGUACGUUCCGAGAAACACUUCUAGAACUGAGAUGCUACGUGUCGAACGUGCCCUCUACAUACAUGACAUUCUAUUGCAGGCGAUGACCACCAUACCCCGCCACACCAUGACUCGUAAGGAGGCCAAUGCUCCUUGGAGGAGUUUCCUAGGAAAUUUCACCGGCUGGAUGCUAUAUCAGCUGAUUACCGUGACGAAUCUCCUUCACAAAUACGAUGAGGCGAGGUGCAAAGCUGAUCAUGUAGAGCUGCAAUGCGCUCUCACCACGUUCUCCAAGGAAAACGACCGCAACUAUCCGUUGGAAGGAGGAUUGGCAUUCAAGCGCAAAAUGGACGAAAAUUGGCAUCAGGGAUUGGAUGCUGAAGACGAGGUUCGCUUCAAGUGCUGGAAGGCUGCUGGCAAUUCUAUACUUUCUUACACUUGGGCGAAGCUAGAAAACAGCGACCCCGAGUUCAACAAGCAGAAGUUUUCUCCAAAUACUGACCCGGCUAUCAAAAGGAUGUAUGAUCCAUUUGUGUUCAUCGAGGAGGAUAAUGGCCCACACCGUCUCUGGUACGAGAUCGCGGAGGAACGGCCUGCUAAUCCUGAUACGAUGAUGGGUCAAUUCUACAGCGGUUCUGGCCAUCCGCAAUACAUGCUCUUCAUGUGGGAUGAAGCCCGGCUGCGAGAAAUGGGAUACCUAUCGGGUGACGACAGUCCUUGA